AUGGCGCUCGUUGUGCCUCCCCCGCCCGUCGAGGCUCUCCGGCGCUCGCCCCGCAUCUCCCAUCGUCCCCGCUUACCCACCCCCGUGAGCAGCCGUAACGGCAUCCCUGUCUCUCUCGUCCAAGUCUCUACCGUACUCGUCAAAGCUUCCACGCUUCGAACGCCCCUUCGGCGCGAGUCGUACAAGCCCCGCAGUCGUGUGAGCGUCCCGUCCUCACGACACCGCGCAAAGAGCCUUUCGGCUGCGGCUGUGCCCGUCCGAGCAGGCACGAAGCGCAAACGGCUCCCUGCCACCUCUGAUGAGCGCGAUCUCCCGCGAUACAAGCUUGUCGUCGCCGAAGCCCAUUCAGACGAGGAAGAGCAGACGCCACGGCAGCUUCGAUAUGCGAAGCGCCAGCGGCUUCUCGUCUCCCAGCCAGGCAUUGACGUCCCCGACGCUGCCACGGAGAAGAUCUCGCCGCCGUCUUGCGUCCACCGUGGUCAGGAAAACAGGCCAUAUCCCGCGCCCACUGAAGUUUAUCCCGUCGCCACCGCCCGUCGACCGGAGCCUGUGCCGGCAGAUCCGGAGCUAGAGGCAUCUUACGAAGACCCUCAUGGCCCUGUGUUCACCCCACUCUGUCGCCAGCCCAUCUAUCGAAGACAUCGGACGGCAGACUCGACGGAUCCGACCCUUUGGAAGGUUGUCUGCCAGGAACGUGUCGAACACCUGAAACAUGUCUACCGAGACAUGUUCCGUGCUGUCGUCCAUGCUGAAGCCGCCGCAGCGGAUGCGAAGACGGCCGCAGCAGCCACGCCGGCGCCUGUAUUUAGCGCCGAACAGCUUCCGGGAACCGCCGCCACAGCACACGAGAGUCGCCACACCCAAUUCGAGCUCUAUGCGCCCUCCCAAUACGUCUCUGUUGACGCCGAUGGGAACACAUGCAUGGAAACGGAAAGCUCAAGUGAGGACGAUGAUGAAGACGACGAGGAUAGCGACGACGAAGACAUGGAACAAGAUGUCGUCGAGGUGGCGUACGAACGCGUACUCAUCCUCGAUACACCGGCGUCCCCGAUAUCCACCACACCCCGCCUUCCCCGUCUGUCUUCCAUCCGUGUGUCUAGUCUCGAGCCUUAUCCACCAUCAGCGAGAGACGGCGUCUCGUUCAUCGGACGCGGAACCCCUGCCGAUCCCCAGCGCCUUGCUGAUUGGGGUACGCCUGUCCGGUCUCGUGCGCUCUCCUCGCCACCGUGGACUCCGGAACCGCUCUUCUUCACACCAGACAUGGUGCCGCAGAUGACUCCUACAGUGAACGCCAGCACCAUGCAGCCCGACUUCAGCAUGGACGCCGCAGGCCUCGGAAUGUCGUGGCUCGACCCGUCGCUCCACGCCGAAUCGAUGUCUCCCUCCCCUUCGCCGCCCACGACGUACCAGCCGAGCAUGUCAUCCUACGACGACAGCACGAACCCCGUCAGCUUCGGGUUCGCCGGCGUCACCGUCCCGCACCCCGUCUUCAGCGACGACCCCAUAUCGCACAACCCGCCCUUGGGCGCGACCGGCUGCGCGGUGCACGAGAGCUUCCUGGAGUGCCUGCGUGGCUCCGGGUGCUCGGGCCCUGGGCUCGGCGCCCCGUCGGUCUUCGCGCCCCCCAGUCCGGUGCUGCCGCUGGAGUCCGUGAUGCCUGACGUCGAGCUCACGCCUGUGUUGGCGGCGGCGCCCCCGCCGUUCCCGAACCCGGUGCUGACGCAGUGGGUGCGCUCGUGCAUCCCGUCUGGGUCGGUGACGCUCGGCCAUGCGCUUGGGUGAGCGCUCGCGUUCCUAAUGCCGCCGCCACCGUCGUCCUCCAUACACGUUGUUCCCCGCUCCCGUUCCUCUCGCUGUCCAUCGCUCUGCCGUCGCACUGCUAUCUCAAUUCCCGAAUUUCGCCCGCCGUCUCUCAUCUCUCCCCUCAUCUG